AUGAAUUCCAGUGGUUUGAGUAUUUUGUGUAGAAUGCCUUGGAGUCGUUACUCCUUUUUAGGCAGAGAACAUAUAAAUGAUGGAAUUGUCCCAAAUGAACUCAAGUGUAUUUUAGUUAAGGGUGUUUAUAGCCAUAAUGACAUUUCAAAACUUCUAAGACUAAUUGGAAAGUGCUCCUCAGAUUACAAACUCAUUUAUAACACUAAUUGGAGUGACAUUUACGAAAUAAUUUACAGCUCAAUGAGUAAAUCUGCACAUUGGAGAUUUGGGAGUUUAGUGAAACUUCUCCAAAAUGCUUCAUACCUUUGCAAUAAACUCAGUUCUAAAUCAGCCAAUAUUGAUUUUUUGAAGGAUUCUGUGGAAUUUGUAACUAGAAAAAUUGGGAAAAAUAUUCGUGAAGUCAGUGAUAAGGACAUCUGUAGAGUAAUUUACUCCUGUUCCAAGGGUAAUUUCCUCCAAAAUUCCUUUGUUCCAAAUUCAUUCCUAAUACUCUUACAAAACGAAGUUAUGCAAAGGAUGAGACGUUUUGAGACUAUAGAUUUACUUAAACUUUUACACUCCUCAAGUAGUAUUAACUUUGAAAAGGAGUUUAGAAUUUGUAUAAUUAAUAAAAUACUCUCAAAUAUAAACAAAAUCGGAUCAAUAGAUAUUAGUAAUUUAAUAUGUUAUUUACACACAUACAACUUGUUAAACACUGACAACAAGUCAAUUAUAAAUAAUAAUAUCGGGAAAAGGUUAUAUUCACCUUUGGAGAAAGAUGUGUUACUAACACUCUCACUUAGCCUUGUUAUGUAUGGAGUUGUAACAUUGAAAGUUUUGGAAGUUAUUCUUAACAAAUUUCAAUCAAUGGACUUGAAUUUUAAUGAUGUUCUAAUGUUAAAGCUGAUGAUAUAUUACCUUAAAUACAAUAACCAAGAUUUGUAUGAAUCCCUGAGUGAUAAAUCACUAAGUUUUAUUAAUAAGAUUUUACUAAAUUUUCCAAACGAUGUGGACUAUAAAACACUUGACCUGACCCACAACACUUUAAAACAAUAUAAAAAGUUAAAUCAACUAUUGAAGAUGUUGGAACUUGAUUUUAUUCCUUACAUUCACGGCCCAUAUCUCUUACCCUUGUAUAAUCCAAUUACCAAAUCAGCUAUAAUUAUAAACUACACCAAGAAUUUUAAAAAUUCACAAGAAACUCAAAAAAAUGAUUCAGUUGAUAAUUUAAAUUAUUCAUCUAAUGAGGAAAAUUCCACUAAAGUUCAAAAUUUUAAUUCAAAAGUUAAUUUAAAAGUUAAUGGAGAAGAUGAUUCAAUAGUCAAUUUAGAUUCUCGGAACAUAUUUGACAAUUUUAUGUAUAAUAACAUGUCAUACUAUAACCACAACAAGUUGUAUCAUUUAAGGUCAGAACGGGUUAAAAUCAUUGAAAUUGACCCCCAAUUCUUCAAUUUGAACAUAGAUGAGCAGUUGAAAGAGAUGAAUAAUAAAGUUUCGGAAUUUAAAAUUGUAACAUAA